UGAGCAUAAAAUUAGUUCUCGUCGGCGUCUCGUAGAGUCAAUACCAAAUCAAAAAAUUCGUAGUUUUAGAAAAGUUGUAUGUUUCAGGAGCAACAACAAAAAGUUAUAAUUCUCUAACUCGUGAUUCAAAAAGUUUUCAAAUUGAAAUAACAAAAUUCAAGUGUAAUAUUAUUGCGGAGGACGAAAAAACCGUUCAGCUGUCACCAUGUUUGGACUGACGCGAAAGAUCCUUUUUAGGGCGACAAAACGCACUGAGCUAUGUCGUCGUUACGCCUCGCAGGCGAUCAACCAGAUGCUGCAGCUCCAACAGAUGGAUAUUUGCGCCGACCAGCCAUCCCGAGGACUAGUAAUCGGUGUCUAUGCGGAUGAAGAGGACAAAAACGAUGCAGGCAUCCUGACACCAACUGGCUGGCGCUAUAACAUCCAGAAGACUAGCGGACGUUUGAUUGAAGUGCUGCGCAUGUCUGGACCCAUUCCCAAGCGUGGCGAGGCUCGUUUGCUCUUUGCCAUCGAACCCGACCGUGUGCCAUACUAUUCCGUGGUGGCUGUCGUCGGACUGGGUAAGGAAUGCUUGGGAUAUAAUCCCUACGAGGUGCUCGAUGAACAAAAAGAGGCUAUCCGCCGCUCUGUGGCGGCUGCCUGUCAGAUCCUGGCAGAACUGGACACGGAUCGUAUUGAAGUUGAGAAUUGCGGCCAUGCUGAAUCGGCUGCUGAGGGAGCAGCCCUGGGCAUUUGGGCUUAUCAGGAAUUGCGGGAUCCCAAGACACGUUUAUCCGUGCCAACCAUUGACUUGUACGCCACCAAGGACGAGGUCUGUGAUAUUGAAGGAUGGCGCAUCGGACUGCAGAAGGCGGCGGCUCAAAAUCUAACAAGACAGCUGCAGGAGAUGCCCUCCAAUCUGCUCACACCCACUGCUUUUGCCCAAAAUGUGGUGGAAGUGCUCUGUAAGUCUGGCGUGAACGUGGAGGUCAAGGUUGAAGGAUGGGCCGAGAGCCAAUCGAUGCACGCCUUCCUGGCUGUGGGCAAGGCCUCUUGCGAACCUCCCAUUUUCCUCGAGCUAAGCUACUAUGGCACCUGUGCCGAGGAGCGUCCCAUCGUUUUGGUCGGACAGGGCAUCACUUUCGAUGCUGGCGGCUUAUGUCUAAAGAAACGUAAGGAACUGUACAAUAUGCGAGGUGACAUGACUGGUGCUGCCGUGGUUGUGGCCACCUGUCGUGCUGUUGCCGGUCUACGCUUGCCGGUCAACAUUCGCGGCCUGAUCCCACUGUGCGAGAACGUGAUUGGUUGCAACUCCUUCCGCCCUGGCGAUAUGGUCAAAUCAAUGAACGGCAAGACCAUUGAGAUCCAAUGUACAGAUCAUGAAGAUGUUCUUGUCUUGGCCGAUGCCCUGCUAUAUGCCCAGAACUUCUGUCCCAAGUGCAUUAUUGACAUUGGCACUUGCUCCGGCUACAUGCGUCAAGCCUUGGAUGAGGCUGCAUGUGGCGUCUUUACCAACUCUGAAAUACUCUGGCAGCAGAUCAAGCAUGCCAGCAUGCACACUGGCGAUCGCGUCUGGCGCUUCCCAUUGUGGAACUACUACAGCAAGGCUGUCCGUUCCGGUGGACGCAGUGAUGUCCAGAACUACGGCAUUGGCCGUGGAGGUCGCCCCUGCAAGGCUGCUGCCUUCCUACGUGAAUUUGUGCCAUGUGGCCAAUGGAUGCACAUUGAUGCCACCAAUGUGAUGGUCACCAAUGGACUUGACUUUGAAUAUUUGCGCCGUGGCAUGGCCGGACGCCCAACUCGUACUCUAAUUGAGUUUAUUGCUCAAACCAUUUGUAAGGACACAGCCCCAAAAAUGGGCCAAUAGAUGACCAAGAUGUCGUCUCCAAGUAUUAAUCUUGUGAAUUAAUCUCCAAUAGCCCAAGUAUAGUCGACUCGAAAUUUAUCGUGAAAAUUAACGCAAUUUGUAAAUGAAAAAAUAAAAGUGCACACCAGAAUUGAA